AAGACUUAAAUAUGUUAACACCAAUUCUAAUUGUUGUGUGUUUAAUUUCUGUAACGUCUGGACAUCCUCAUGAAAGAAGACAAAAUGAUGAACCGAUAUGUUCCAAAUUUGACUAUGAAGAAAAACUUUUGGAAAAGAUGAUAAGAAUGGAAAUGAAAAUGGAAAAGAUAAAAGAGGAAGUUAAAGAUAAAGAAAAGAAUAUAAUGUCCGUGGCGACCAAUUUGUCCCAAAGAGUUGGAAAUAUGGAAAAUGACGAAAUUCAGUUCCAACGUGGUAUCAACCGCACAAUGGUCGAAUUUGCUGACAGCUUUUGUCAGGAAAAUAGCAAACUGUCAGAUUUAGCAGACAAGUCCCUUAUACCAAUUGUUGGAUUCAACGCCCAUUUAUCACUUACAAAAACAGUAAACAGAGGGGACAGAGUUGUCUUUGAUACUGUCAUAACAAACCAAGGUGAUAGUUACGGCAGUUCUACCGGGAUAUUUACUGCACCGUACACUGGACUCUAUUUCUUCUCAGCCCAUGUUUGUAAUGAGGGAAAUAAAAACGUGAUUUACUCUAUAUAUCAAGAAGGAACACAGUUAACACGUUGUACACAGUAUGAUAAUAACGGUGUUUAUAGCUGUAGUUCAGUGAGCACAAUCGCCAUGGUAAACAAAGCGGAACGAGUGUGGGUACAAACUCUAUAUACCUCAGUGUUUUAUACUGAUGGUUACAGAUGGAAUGCAUUUUCUGGAUCUCUCUUAAACAAAUAA